UCAUUGCACCGAAAUAUCCUAAUAAAAUUUCGAACUAUCUUGAGAAAAAAAUUGACAAGAUAUUAGCGUUAUCUUAUCAAUCAAGUAGAGAUAUGUAGAAAAAACACAAUAUCCACGUCACUACCGAAAUAUGGUCAAAUUUUUACACCUCCUCACCAUCUUCAACCUGUUCUUGUUAUCAACAACAGAAACAUCUCUAGAAAUAGAAGUCGCAAACCACUUAACCUUACUAGAAGACCAAACUUACUUCCCUAUCAAUGUUUACCUCUCCGGCUUAGCCACCCAGCUCGAAACCUUAAUAACCAACUUCUCAAACUACGAGCUAGAUGCGGCAGAAGUCAUCCACACCUACACAGACAGCAUAAAAGAAGAUGUACUCAUCAUAUCCGAAACGCUCGAAGAAACGGGAGUCGACAUCCAACCAUGCGAAGAACACAUUCACGAAAACUUCAAACAAAUAGUGAGAAAUAGCUUGACUGAUUCUAAAAUUGUGGUCCUUGAUGGCAUCACCAAAGCUCAACGGAUCAUCUCCGAAGCCAAAAAUGUGUUCAUGGCGGCCCAAAACCGAACUCUCGCUGUGAAACUGAAGAUACAAAACUGCAUGUUGCUGGUGGAUAGUACUGAAUGUUUGUUUGAGGCUUUGGGUAUGACGGUGCUUUUGGAGAGGACUUUGCCAAAGAUUAUAGCCAUCGUUGGACAACAGCACGAAAUCCAGUUGACUUUGCUGGAGGACGAAAUCGUCGCAGAUUUGGAAAAGAUUGUUGUCCAGGUGUUUGACAGUCAUGUGGAACUUUUAGACGAGUUUCUUGUGUGUGUGUUGCAGUGGGAUUAGGGACGUAAGGCGGUUGCUACAACGAAGAUGACGCGAUCGUAACUCGGCGCCAUGUCGAUGUCGACGUAGUAACACCCUUAAGGGUGAGGAUCAUAGAGAAAGUUCGUGUAUGGUGUAAAACGGUUUGAACAAAUUUGCUCUCAUGCGUAGGAAAGCAGCAGUUUACAAUUGUUAAAUAACAAUGAAUUUGUUUUAAAUGGUUUAAAUAUAUCUGAACAUAAAAAAUCUUAA